AUGCGCAACCUGCGCGGCAGAGGGCAACUAGCGAAAGUCCUGCAGGAUAAGCCCGUUCCGCAGCAGAACGCGGAGAUAGUAGUCGAUAGUCUUCCUGUUGCCGCAGGCGAGCCGGUCGACCUUGUCGGGGAUAUAAGACUGGAUACUACUAGGGGCGAGGCGCUGGACGACCUGGGCUACGGAUUGUUCGAACACUUCUGGGAGGAAAUAAGUAUAGACACCGCGGACGACGACGAGAUCGUAGGGGACUUCCGGGUCAGGAAGCAGAUCAAUAUCCUAGCCGUUGCAGAGGUAGAGGUGGACGCAGGCGGCCAGAUCGGCGGGGAUAGUGUCGGCGAAGUAGUCCAGCUGGCGCUGGCUGAUGUUGAUGGCGUCGAUACGCGGGCAGUCUAG